CCAGCCAGACACUCAGCAGGGCAAGUAAGACUUGACCUUUUCCUGGCAGUAAGUAGGAGCUUCACAAACUUUUCUCUGCACUCGGGCUGCUGCCAAGUGGCCACACACGUUAUUUAUGCUCUAGUUUGCCCACAGUAAGUUGCUUGCUUGGUUCAGCUCUGCUGACCUAAGGCAAACACAGGGAACACUCCAUCUGCAAAAACAGAACAAGAGGCUGGAGGAAACUGAACCUUAUUUCUGAAGCUCUUCUGCUAUGAUCUCUGCACAGCAGCCACCAUUUCCCAACAAAAUUCAAAGAGCAAUGGACUGCCAAUCUGAGGAAGAAGAAACCUGUGAAGAGCAGUGUGACUCUGAAAACUGCACUUGCAGCUCCAAGCAUGCAGAAUCUGACACAGGCUCACCAGUAACUCUCAAAAUACUGCAGAACUGGGUUCCUAGAGUUUCGCACUACUUCGAUAAAGAGCACUAUACAUACGCUGGCCACCGGAUCAUCAUUCAGGAGUCCAUAGAACACUUUGGAGCCGUGGUAUGGCCGGGGGCACUGGCUUUAUCUCAAUAUCUGGAAUCAAAUCAAGAACAAUUCAACCUCAAAGACAAAAAAGUUUUGGAAAUUGGUGCUGGAACAGGCUUGCUUUCCAUUGUGGCCUGUAUCUUAGGAGCUCAUGUUACAGCUACCGAUUUGCCUGAAGUUCUUGAAAAUCUCUCAUAUAAUAUUUCAAGAAAUACACAAAACAUGAAUAUGCACAAACCUGAAGUGAGAAAACUGGUAUGGGGAGAAGGCCUCAACGAAGAUUUUCCUGUAUCAACUUACCAUUAUGAUUUCAUACUGGCAACUGAUGUUGUGUACCAUCAUGCAGCUCUGGAUCCCCUGCUAGCAACAAUGGUGUAUUUUUGUAAGCCAGGAACAGUAUUACUAUGGGCCAAUAAAUUCAGAUUUACUACAGACUACGAAUUUUUGGAAAAACUUUCCAAUAUAUUUAACACAACUAUUCUAGCAGAAUUUCCAGAAUCCAAUGUCAAGUUGCUUAAAGCCACAGUAAGAGAAAAUUAAAGAGAAAACUAUCACUAUUCUUGAUUUAGUGGCAGGACCUCACAGUUUGGAAUGCUUUGCAGGAUUAUGUUGCACCUUAUGUGCAUUUACAUUUGUAAAGUCGCAGUUGUAUUUAAGUUUUGCAUUGCAAGUAUUGAAAAAACUAGCAAGGCAAAGGAUACGGCAAUUUGUCUCUGGUUGAUACAUAUGACCUGUUCAAACAGACCAAUUUCCCUUCACUGAAGGAACAAUUUUCAUAGCAGUAGUCAGUAACAAGGCUUUAACAAAAAGCACUGAUCUUCUGGGCUGCACUGAACUUUUGUUUGUAAGGUGUUUUCUUUCAGCAAGUUUUUUUUAUGUACUAAUCCAGAAACCAAUACAAUUUUUAGCUUCAGUAUUUUUAUUAAUUAUAAAAAUCUUUUAAAGUAUCAGAGUGCACAUAGUUUUUUUUUGAUCUUCAGCUUUGCACAUUUAUUCUGCUGUGGUUUAUACUUUUAACAUUAAUAAACAUAUAUGUAUAGCUUUACAAUAUCCGAUCAAGAUGUAACUGUCUGGCACUUUUAUACAUGUAUCAGUCUGUCCUUGAUACUCAGCUUCACACAGAUUUUUGAGUUUGUCUGAAAUCACUCCAAAAUGAAGAUUUACAAGAGCACCUAUGCAUCAGCAAUUCAAAUACCGUAACAGUUUGAGAGGUUGAAUUUUUCUUAAAAAAAAUUAAAUGUAAACUCUUGCAAACAAUACACGUGUUCCAUUAUUUUCGUCUAAUAAGUAAGAGUUUAGCCACUCCUGAAGUAGCUUUAAGGCCUUCAUACAACUGAAAUUAAGAUCAAACAUGUUAAAAUUCAGUUUAUCGUAAAAAAUACAGAACUUUUACAGGUUUGCAGUUAAAAGAAACAGUUCAGAACCUAACAUGCAUGCAGUAAGUCUUUCCAACCUGAUUCCAAAUCCUUGGUGUUGGCAGUUCUGGCACAUCCAUUGCCAGCAAUGGGAUGCACAAUAAGGAAACUCCCUAAUUAUAGGAGUUAGGUUAACAGGUAUUAACUGUACCCAGGUGCCUUUACUGAUAAAUACACACAAUUUAAUAAUCAGCAUUCAGUAAUGAAAACAUGCGUUCGAAUAAAAAGUCAAACUUAUCUUUUCCUAUCCUGCCCCAUAUAAAACCAUUUUAAUUUUACAACUGUUGAUUUUCUAGAAUACGCAAUAAUCAGGUGGAUACAUGACAGGAAGCCAAUUCUCAGUGAAAGUUGCACAAUGAGUCCAUCCAAGCAACUUCAUUAGCUGAAGAAAAAAAGCAGACAUUAAAAAAAGAGUCAUUCUUUUUAACAUCUAAAUCUAAACAAACACUGCACAGAUAUCAACAUCUUACUAAAAAUGUCAGUUAUAGAAAGAUAACAGAUUGGAGAACUAGUGAUCUUUGAAUUCCUUAGUCCUGAAAGGGGGAAACUUCUGCCCCCCCAUAUGAUCGACAGUCUUUUAACUCAAUGCACAAAAAUCUUGUCCUAGGAACUACCGUAAUUUCCAUUAAUUCUCCACCUAUAUUCUACUAACAGUAAUUAUGAUUAAUAAUAGUAAAAAAUGUGGUUAAACAGCAACAUAACAGGAUUUUAAAUAUGCAGAUAUCUUUGGCUAAGCUGUCUACCUCCUUUAUGCCCCAAAGGAAGUUCCAGAAAGUAAAUCUGCUAAAAUGAGUUACUCACAAAUGAGUUAUUCUAGAAAAAGAAAGAAGAAAUCACUAUCAAAAAUGGAGGGCAAGCUACCAAAGCCUGGAUAAAGAUAAAAUGUUCCAUUUAGUGGUUUCUAAAAUGUAAAAAGUAUCAAAAAUUCCAGAAGACUUAUAUCUUGCUCUUAAAAGUUUACUCAGCAUGAACAUAGUCCAUUACUUGACCAAAUACUGCUUACCUGAAUGCAGUUUUUCAAGUUGUCCUUUGUUGGCUUUUCUUCUGCAAGUUUUGUGGCAAACUUGAGACCUCUCCCGUACAUUUUAUUUACCAAUGCAUGCUUAUAGGCAAAAGUCAAAA